AUGCAGCAAUGCAACAAGAUUGACCCCGAAAAUAUAAACAUGGAUGGGUUGACUCAUCUUUUUCUAGCAUUUGCGGGCAUUAAUCCAUCAAAUUUUGAGGUCAGCCUUGCAAAUCCUGCUCAUGAGGACCUUUGCACCAGGCUUGUCCACAAAAAUUCCAACAUCUGUGAGAUCUGGAUAGCACUAGGAGGCUGGGCAUUCACAGAUGUGGACACAACAAAGAAAACAUGGAGUGAACUUGCAUCAUGUUCUAAUAGCCAUCAGAGAUUUAUUGCAUCAGUUAAAGUGUUCAUGGCCAAAUAUAAAUUGAAAGGCAUUGAUAUUGAUUGGGAAUACCCAGGAACCCCAGAGAGAAAUGGCCAACCAGAUGAUACAAAAAACCUUGUGUCACUUGUCAAAGAGAUGCAUGCAGCUUUCAGAACAAUGGAGGAUUAUGUUGACUUUUUUGGCCUUAUAACAUAUGAUCUCCAUGGUGCUUGGAAUAAUUCUGGGUAUUAUGGGCAUAAGAUUGCGGGCCAUAUCAACAUAUCUGAGAUUCAGAACAUGAUUUCCCUGCUGUGGUAUGCAAAAAUCAAUCCAGCCAAAAUCAACCUGGGCCUGGCAUAUUAUGGCCAAGGCUAUACACUUCAGGACCCCAGCUGUAACUGGGCUGGUUGUCAGUGGACUGGUUUAAGUGAUGCUGGGUCCUGCACUAUGACUAGGGGUGUAAUGUUACUGCAAGAGAUUGAAACUCUUAUCUCUGAGAAAGGAAUUCAACUCCAGCUAUUGCAGAAGAAGAUGAUGAAACAAAUCACAUUUGGUGACCAGUAG